CUUCAAUUCGUUCAUCUUCUGAGUAAAAGCGAUUGACCGAGCUCAUCACCGCGAAUGCUCUUCUGGUUUUCACUUACGGGCCACUUCUAACCACUCAAUACUAUACUAAGCCACGAUACAGUAGCCAAUACGCAGUUUCCGAAAGUUGUUUUCUUAACAAACAAGAUGUCCCGACAAAUCGCAUUUCAAGCUUCCCGCUUGGCUUCGCGAGCGAUCCGCUCUUCAACGCCCGUAUGCCGCUCAAGCUUCCGUAUCGCUCCUGCAAUCUCGCACUUUUCUAUUCUAUCUACCCUUUCGCAAAAAUGCUUCUCGACUACGGUUUCCAACAAGCGGGGUAUCAUGCCUGACACGGAGAAUCCUGCCAAGCCUUUGAACGAAGCCGAAGAGAUCCACCAGAACGCUGUUGUCGCCGAUAUUACUGAGCAAGAGUAUCAUGACCUUGCAGACGAGUACCUCGAUAAUGUUGUCGGCAAGUUUGAGGAACUCCAGGACCAGCGAGAAGACAUCGACGUCGACUUCUCGGCUGGAGUCCUCAGCAUCAGUUGGCCUGACAAGGGCACAUAUAUCAUCAAUAAACAGCCCCCUAAUAAGCAGAUAUGGCUGUCAUCUCCCAUCUCUGGCCCUAAGCGCUAUGACUGGUGCCUCUUUGGAGAGGGUCAGAAUGAGAAAGAGGGCACAGCUGUGGGUGACUGGAUCUACGUCCGUGAUGGAUCCAGCCUAAACCAGGUCUUCUCUGAGGAGCUUGGUGUUGACAUUGACGUUCCGAGCGAGGAGUAGAGCUUCCUUCCGAAUACCGAUAAAAGACACAGCAAGCAUGAUUAAAGGAGAAGUCUAUCACAGACAAAGUAAAAGCAUUCAUGCAGGCGUUGAGGACUUCGGUUAGCCUAGUGAGGAUUGCGGUUUAUGUUAAUGUAUUGUACAUGUACUAUUUAAGGUCUCUCGCCGUUCGGGGAAUUGGAAGUUCCCAAGUCAGAACGCAUCCAAAUAAUUUGUCGUUUGUUUCGCCUAAGAUCUGCCAUUAACCAUACAAUUCCUUUUGUCUUGCGUAUCCAGUACCAUUAAUGUACAGGUUCCUUUCAUCGUCUC